AUGAUAUCUACAAGGAGAGUAUGCACGAGCAGGACGCAGCUGCUGCUAUCUGCUACCAAAAGAUGCAAAUCAACCGCAUCGGAUAGACCCUUCCAUGUGCAUCCAUACAUCUUCCAUCAAGCUGUAGUGCUAUCGGAUGGAUCUAUAUAUCACCAGCCUACAACAUCGCCUAAAUCGCUGCUCUCGCUAACAAAGGACACGAGAAACCAUCCACUAUGGAACCCUUCUGAAAAGAAAUUCACAGACCAAGCUGGUGAAAUAUCAAAGUUCGAAUCGAGGUUUGCUGGGCUGGAAUUCGAUGACUUGGUCUUGGACGAUGAGCCUGUCGCACCUCCACCAGAAAAGAAGAGUAAGAAAUAG